CUUGCCUUUGGCUGGGUGCAACUUCCAUUUUAGGUGUUGGACCAGUGGGGGGAAGAGAGAGAGAGAGGAGAGAGGAGAGAGAGAGAGGGGAGAGAGAGAGAGGGGAGAGAGAGAGAGGAGAGAGAGAGAGAGAGAGAGAGAGAGAGAGAGAGAGAGAGAAAAGCAGGAAAGAUCCUGAGAGAGAGAGAGAAAAGCAGGAAAGAUCCUGAAAGGAGGAAGAGGUGGCGAAAACCAACUGCCUUGCUGGAUUUGUCUUUCUCAGCACAUUGGUGAAACCUGGGUUUCUUUCUUGAAGGACGGAUUUUUUAAAGUCCACAUUUGAGCUCUCUGCUUCCUGCUUCCUUCUUGCUGUGGUGGCUUGGAUGCUUCUUCCAUGAUUUUCUUGAAUCUGGACUGGGCUGUUCUCUGUGUUAAAGCAAUCAAUUACUACCCUUCUCUUAAAAGUGUGGAGUGAGGGAGCAUUCUUCCUCCUUCCUACUCCCUCUGUGAUCCACCUUCCUUUUUACCCUGCCCUGCGGCGGCUCCGCCCCUUACCUUCAUGGACGACUCAGAGGUGGAGUCGACCGCCAGCAUCUUGGCCUCUGUGAAGGAACAAGAGGCCCAAUUUGAGAAGCUGACCCGGGCGCUGGAGGAGGAACGGCGCCACGUCUCGGCGCAACUGGAACGCGUCCGGGUCUCACCACAAGAUGCCAACACACUCUUGGCCAACGGCACCCUCUCCCGUCGGCAUCAGAACGGCCGGUUUGUGGGCGAUGCUGACCUUGAGAGACAGAAAUUUUCAGAUUUGAAACUCAACGGACCCCAGGAUCAUAGUCACCUUCUGUAUAGCACUAUCCCCAGGAUGCAAGAACCCGGGCAGAUUGUGGAAACCUACACGGAGGAGGACCCUGAGGGAGCCAUGUCUGUUGUCUCUGUGGAGACAUCAGAUGAUGGGACCACUCGUCGCACAGAGACCACAGUCAAGAAAGUUGUGAAGACUGUGACAACACGGACAGUCCAGCCAGUCGCUAUGGGACCAGACGGGCUGCCUGUGGAUGCCUCAUCAGUUUCCAACAACUAUAUCCAGACUUUGGGUCGUGACUUCCGCAAGAAUGGCAAUGGGGGACCUGGUCCCUACGUGGGGCAAGCAGGCACUGCCACCCUCCCUAGGAACUUCCACUACCCUCCAGAUGGAUAUAGCCGUCACUAUGAAGAUGGGUAUCCAGGUGGCAGUGACAACUAUGGCAGUCUUUCCCGGGUGACCCGCAUUGAGGAGCGUUAUAGACCCAGCAUGGAAGGCUACCGGGCCCCUAGUAGACAGGAUGUCUAUGGCCCCCAGCCCCAGGUUCGGGUAGGUGGGAGUAGCGUGGAUUUGCAUCGCUUUCAUCCAGAGCCGUAUGGGCUGGAGGAUGACCAGCGCAGCAUGGGCUAUGAUGACCUAGAUUAUGGCAUGAUGUCUGAUUAUGGCACUGCCCGUCGGACUGGGACACCUUCUGACCCUCGCCGACGCCUCAGGAGCUAUGAAGACAUGAUUGGUGAGGAGGUGCCAUCGGAUCAGUACUAUUGGGCUCCUUUGGCCCAACAUGAGCGGGGAAGUUUAGCAAGCUUGGAUAGUCUGCGCAAGGGAGGGGCCCCACCUCCCAACUGGAGACAACCUGAGCUGCCGGAGGUGAUUGCCAUGCUGGGAUUCCGCUUGGACGCCGUUAAGUCGAAUGCAGCUGCCUACCUGCAGCACUUAUGCUAUCGCAAUGACAAGGUGAAGACUGAUGUUCGAAAGCUCAAGGGCAUCCCAGUGCUGGUGGGAUUGUUAGACCACCCAAAAAAGGAAGUGCACCUUGGAGCAUGUGGAGCUCUCAAGAAUAUCUCUUUUGGGCGUGACCAAGAUAACAAGAUUGCAAUAAAAAACUGUGAUGGUGUUCCUGCCCUUGUAAGACUGCUCAGAAAGGCUCGUGAUAUGGACCUUACUGAAGUCAUUACUGGAACACUGUGGAAUCUCUCAUCUCAUGACUCAAUCAAAAUGGAGAUUGUAGACCAUGCACUGCACGCCUUGACAGAUGAAGUGAUCAUUCCACAUUCUGGUUGGGAGAGAGAACCUAAUGAAGAUUGUAAGCCACGCCAUAUUGAGUGGGAGUCGGUGCUCACCAACACAGCCGGCUGCCUUAGGAAUGUAAGCUCAGAGAGGAGUGAAGCUCGCCGGAAACUCCGGGAAUGUGAUGGCUUAGUUGAUGCCCUCAUUUUCAUUGUUCAGGCAGAGAUUGGGCAGAAGGAUUCAGACAGCAAGCUUGUGGAGAACUGUGUCUGCCUCCUUCGGAACUUAUCCUAUCAAGUUCACCGGGAAAUCCCACAGGCAGAGCGUUACCAAGAGGCACCUCCCAGUGUUGCUAACAAUACUGGGCCACAUGCUGCCAGUUGCUUUGGGGCCAAGAAGGGCAAAGAUGAGUGGUUCUCCAGAGGUAAAAAACCCACAGAGGAUCCAGCAAAUGAUACAGUGGAUUUUCCUAAAAGAACUAGUCCUGCUCGAGGCUAUGAACUCUUAUUUCAGCCAGAGGUGGUACGGAUAUACAUCUCACUACUUAAGGAGAGUAAGACUCCUGCCAUCCUAGAAGCCUCUGCUGGAGCUAUCCAGAACUUGUGUGCUGGGCGUUGGACAUAUGGCCGAUAUAUCCGCUCUGCCUUGCGCCAAGAGAAGGCUCUCUCUGCCAUAGCUGACCUCCUGACCAAUGAACAUGAGCGGGUAGUGAAAGCUGCAUCUGGAGCACUGAGAAAUCUGGCUGUGGAUGCUCGUAACAAAGAGUUAAUUGGUAAACAUGCUAUUCCUAACUUGGUAAAGAAUCUCCCAGGAGGUCAGCAGAACUCCUCCUGGAAUUUCUCUGAGGACACUGUGGUCUCUAUUUUGAACACUAUCAAUGAGGUUAUUGCUGAUAACUUGGAGGCUGCCAAAAAGCUUCGAGAGACACAGGGUAUUGAGAAGCUGGUGUUGAUUAACAAAUCAGGGAAUCGCUCAGAAAAAGAGGUUCGAGCAGCAGCACUUGUAUUACAGACAAUCUGGGGCUAUAAGGAACUACGGAAACCACUGGAAAAAGAAGGAUGGAAGAAAUCAGACUUUCAGGUGAAUCUAAACAAUGCUUCUAGAAGCCAGAGCAGUCAUUCAUAUGAUGAUAGCACUCUUCCCCUCAUUGACCGGAACCAAAAAUCAGAUAAGAAACCUGACCGGGAAGAAAUUCAAAUGAGCAAUAUGGGAUCAAAUACAAGAUCAUUAGAUAACAACUAUUCCACACUGAAUGAGAGAGGGGACCACAACAGAACACUGGAUCGGUCUGGGGAUCUGAGUGAUAUGGAACCAUUGAAGGGAACACCCCUGAUGCAGAAGAUUUAGCACCACUCUAUCUGCUCCACCUGGGCUUAUAAUAUAUAUAUAUACACUUUUAUUUUUUGGUGGUGAAAUGGACUGAUGAUUUUUCCUUUUAUUUGCUGGACUAUUGUGCCAACUGCCAGGCUGCCUCCUGCCCUUAUAGCCCCAAGUGGCUGCCUUCAUUCCAUCAACUCUCAACUUUUUCCAUUCAAGUCCUCCCACCCCUACCUCCAGUUUUCCCCAUGAAACCUGAUUCAUUUAUUUGCAUAUUUUGAGAAACUGCUGCAGAUUAGCCCUUUUUGCCAGCUCUCCCUGGAACUCUUGGCCUUGUGUGGAGGGAGGGAGAGAGUGGAAGUCUUCACUGGAAGCUGUCUGAAGAACAGAAUGUUACAAGCUGUAUCUACAAUGUUCAGCAAUUUGAUAAACUGAUGAUUCUGAGACUGUUUUCCUGAUGGGGAAGGGAUGUUUUAUUUCUUUUGCAGAAGGGGAAGUAUGAGUUCUUCCCUCAUUCCACUGGCUGUUUUUGAAGCCAAGAAGGCUGGCAGUAUUGGCAUACUCCAUUUGCAAGAGCCCUCGAGUAAAUGAAAGUCUCCUAGAACUGGGAUUGAGAACCCUUGCUUCCUCUCUUCCGAGGCAGAGACCACAAAGGACCUACAGACUCCAUCUCUUCUGCCAGCCUCAGGCCAGCUUUGGGCUGCUGCUGCCCCUUACUGAGGCUGUCCUUAACCCUCAAGCCUUCCUCUCCUACCCUGUGAUAAGUCUGCUAACUUGGCUUGACCAUUUAUAUAAAGAGGAGUGUGCCAUGUAAGACUUUGGUUAAGAAGAAGCAGAAAGAUUCUUUUGGGAAGAAGAGGACCCUUUAGGAGGAGCUAAAAGGAAUGUACGUGAAGCAGUUAGUCUGAAACUGGCAGGAAGCUUCAAUGCUGACUUCCCCUGUCCCAUUUCUCCUUUUCCUUCCCUCCUAGGCCUGCCCUCCCUCUCAUGCUCCCUGGAUUUGUUGGCCAACUACAGGACUUGAUGUACAUAACUCUGUUCCCUUUGCCCUGACAAGGUGGGGAUCACCCUGGCUUUGCCUCCUCUUUGUGCCUUCGGCCUGGGGUGCAUCUUCUCCCUCCCUUCCACGUGCCUUUCUUUCCCUCUGCAGUCUCAUUUCUCCUGAUUUUGCAAGUUGGAUUUUGUUGUUUUCUUAUCCACUGUUGACCCUCAGUAGCUGAAAGCAAAUGAAAGGAGAGGAAAGGUGACCUAGAAAGCCCCAAGUUCUGUUGGGAUUGGUAUAGCCUCUGAGUUUAGUCAUAGCAAGCUUUUGCACGACAGUGUGUGGCUGGGAUUUGUACAAGUGUACUGAUAAGCUUCGGUGAGGCUGACAGGAGUCAGUGGUGUGACUCCCAUUCCUGAGUUGCACAGAAUUACCAGUUAUCUUUGAGGGGGUUGUAGGUGGUAGAGGGGGUCUCCCCAGUUCUCCUUUCACACCCAUAAUGCCUCGUUUACUUUAGUGCAUAUUGCAGGUUGGUCUAGAAAAAUCAGCUGCUCUGAGGGUUGAUUUUUUUUUUUUUUAACUUUAUUUGGUUUCUCCCCUUAAUCUAAAAGCUCUAUUCAAUGCAACUGGAAUUCUUUAUCCUUCUCUUCCCUUUCCCUAAUACACUGAGGCUAUGGGGUAGGAGAGAAGUGCACAACCCACCAACCCCCUUCCCCAUGCAUUAAAAUUCCUUAUUUACCUUCCUGCUCCCAUUUCUUCCUCCUCCCAUAUACCCUUUCUGGCAAAAAGGAGCCUUUUGCUCUGUGAUGCUCAGAGCACACUGCACAGGGACCUCCCCCAUUCAGAUCAGGCUCUACUCUUGGUUUCUCUUGUCCUUCUCUGCUCUUCCUGGUGCUCUUUUUUCUCGGUGGGGUGUGGGUAAUAGAAUAGCCAUGGGCUUUUGGGGACCUUUAACUGUUUUGUUUUUCCUCCUUCAUUUAUAAAAACACUAAACAUUCAAUUCCAGAAAACCAAAAAAAUCCCACCUUCCCACCGAAUACUACUAAGGGGCAUGUCUUUUGCUCCAUACCUUUGCUCUUUUUCUUUCUGUCUGUUAAUGCUUUUAAAAACAAAUGAGUUUUUUAUAUAAAUAAAGUUUUUAAAGUGUG